AUGCCGGAUACGAAUACGGAGACGGUGGCUGAGCAUGCUAUUGCGCUUUAUUUUGCCGUGAAGAGGGAUAUAGUGAGUAUGCAUGAGUGGACUAUGAGGGGGGAGGAAUGGGAGAGGAAGGGCACGGGGAUUCUGGAUAUGAAUACGUUUUAUGGGGGUGGAGCGAGGGGUUGUAAGAAUGAGGUUGUGGGGAUUGUGGGAGGUGGGAAGAUUGGAACCGCAAUAUCCACCCUCUGCAAAGCCCUCGGAAUGAAAGUCUUAAUCUCAGAACGCAAAUCCACACCCCAAGAGCAAACCCGUGCAGGCCGAACACCCUUUUCCGAAAUCCUCAGCCAAUGCACCACGAUAAUUCUCUCCUGUCCCCUAUCAUCCACAACACAAAAUCUAAUUUCCGCCUCUGAAUUCUCGCUCAUGCGAUGUGACGCGAUUUUAAUUAACGUUGCACGUGGGGGAGUAGUAAAUGAAGUCGCUCUUGCGGGUGCGUUGGAUAGAGGGGAGAUAUUGGGGGCUGCGACGGAUGUUUUUGAGAGGGAACCGGUGGAGAAAGGGGAGAGUGCGUUGAUUAGGGGGGAGGGGGAAAAGAGGGUUAGGAAUUUAAUUGUUAGUCCGCAUGUGGCGUGGUUUGGAAGGGAGAGUCAGGAAAAAUGUGUUAAGGCUGUUCAGGAGAUUUUUGAAGGGUUUUUGAGAGGGGAGAAGAUCAACUGUGUGGCUCAAGGGGAGAAAAUUAAUAUUUAA